AGCCAAUGGUUUCAUUGGUGAAGAGCCAAUGUGCUCUUGCAGAGUCCAGCAGCAUGGCUGGCCGAGGUUCUCCAAUGGUCAGGGAGCAAGAUGCUGCAGGAGAUUUGCAGGGCUACAACCACCGAGUGGCCCGAACGAUCGCUCGCCGAAGCACGGCCAACUACUUGAUCAGUAUUCAUCAAGAUUCAGAAUUUGCUGGGCGUGCGCGCGCCCUGCGGCCCCAGUGGCCACUCUUGGCCAAUCUCCGAGCCGGGGCUUGGUAUGUGAAUCCAAAAGACCUCGACGGCACCUGCUACUUCAAAUCGGUGGAUGGACAUAGGAAUGCCUGGGACUUUAGCCUCAUCCGACUGAACUUGCAGGUGGCCCAGCUAGCGGCAGGCUGCGGUGGCCUGUGCUUGGUUGAUUGCACCGGGAACCGGAGGAAGCGCUUCCCCGAUUCCAUGAGUAAGACUGUGCCAAUCUGGUGUGCCGUCUUGCAGGCGGCCAUGCAAGAGGCGACUUCCUUCGAUGCCUUCGAUGAGCUUUUGCACCUCCCCAGCAUGGUGCAGGACGAGCGGCCAGAGAUUCUUCAACGAUUACCCGGAUUCACGGAGAGGCUGCGGCAAGCCUUGCCUUGGAGCGAACGGAACAACUUGGCAGCCGCCCUGAACGGAAAGAAGCUGCGCUCCUUUUGGGUUUGCCCGUCAGACGAUCUCCAGAAGAUCUGCGAGGAACUCUUGGCGUGGCAGACGGAGUGGGUCAUCAUCCUGUGCAUUUCAGCCUCUAAGGUGGAGAUGGGAAGCACCACCUACGUACAAGGAGCUGGGGAUGAUGAAGAGGCCUGGGCUCAGCACUUGGGUUUGACCCCAUUGCUCUUUUGGAAGCAUGCGCAAGAACUGUGGUCCAUGGCUGAAGCAAAGCCAGAGGAGGUGGAUGAAUUGGUCCGUUCCUUGGCCAAAGAAGCUGCAGUAGAGCCACAGGAGCGAAGAGAGGUGAAGAUAGAAGAUGGAGGCGUGUGCUGCUCAGCACGAAAAACCAUUGCUCCACUGCCACUACUUCUCCAGGUGAUCACAGAGAUGAAUUGCAGAAGGGACCCAGCAUGAGUCUGGACGGAGUCGAUGCCGUCCUGA